UUACAUAAACAUUGCGCGAAAUACAACAAAUAGUGAACACAAUAUUACCCAAAUCAUUCUAAAAUGGAAUGUACUAGCGCUACUGCUAUGUUUGGUACGUGCAGAUGUUGUUCGGCUUUAGGAAGUCACCUGGAUAUCUUAAAAGAGUACCACAACGACGGAGUCAAAGAGGUUUUCUACGAUAUGUUUGUGAAAUGUUUUGAUUACUUUCUAUCAACAAACAAAGGAUUGAGUACAUUAAUAUGUUCAAAAUGCAUCACUCGUCUACGUGAUGCCUACUUGUUUAGGACAAUGGUUGAGGAAACUGAAAGUUUGUUACUUAGCACCGUAAGAGACAUCGAUAAACAAUUAACGGUAUUUGUUGCCGUUCCAAGUACGAACAUAACAGAAAAUAAUGUGUCCUCGACCGAAUGUUUUGACAUUAAAUCAGAAAUGAAUGAAGAUUCUCCCUUCGAGAGCGAGUAUAGUUGUGUUCAAAGUGUGAACGUCCCGGAAAACAAUGUUUCCACAACGGCAGGGAUUGAAAUAAAAUUGGAAAUGAAUGAAGAUUGUCCAGAUCAGAAUGAAGAUAGUUGUGAAAUGAACAUGGCCAACGAUCUAAAAUCUAAUCUUGUAGACGGAGAACUAGAACUCCUAAGACGGUUUCCUGUUGGUAAAGUGAUGCUGCUUCCUACGAGACAAACCCUGCGAGGUCAUUGUCCGUUGUUCGUGAAAUAUUUGGAGAAAAUGAAAGGAAAACGGAUAACACCAACGAACAUAACAAAACUACUACACGGUAAAAGUAGGUCGCGCACGAGAAAUGGACUAGACAAAAAUUACGUCACCGAGAAACUGGCGAACACAAUAAACGCGUGCACCCUGCUGGAGAAUUCGAACGCGACAAUAUUCAAAACGAAAACCAGAGCCGGAUAUCCGUGCUUCUACUGUCGCGAAAUAUUCGGCAGCAUGGACGACUUGAGGGCGCACCAGCCAGAGCAUCCCAAGUCGGGCCUCUUCAAGUUGUUCAGCAGGUACACGGCGGACUCGCUCGUCGUGUACGCUGACGUCACAGACUUGAGGUGCACGAUCUGCGAACAAAACGUGCCGAAUCUGAACGAGCUGAAGACGCACUUGAGGCGGGCGCACGCGAAAAACUACUACGCCGAUUUCGAGGACCGAAUAGUACCGUUCAAACUGAAGGGCGGCAGCGACUUUGAAUGUCAAGAUUGCGGCUUCAACUUCGAGACCUUCGGCGCUAUAGAGCGGCACAUGAACGUGCAUUACCGGAACCGGAUCUGCGAGCAGUGCGGCGCCGGUUUCGUAACGAUGCACAGAUUAAAAAUCCACAAUUACACCGUCCACAGAGAAGGCUCGUUCCCUUGUGGCAUAUGCAAGAAAAUCUACGUCUCGUAUUACAAAUACAAGAUACAUUUCGAUGUCGUUCAUAAGUUGGAGAAGAAGAACAAAUGCCCGAAAUGUCCGGAGAAGUUUAUUGAUUAUUUCACGAAGCAGAAGCACCUGGUCGAGAAGCACGGCGCGGCGCCGAUACGGUACAAAUGCAACGUGUGCGACCGCAGCUUCACGAGACGUUUCUCCCUGACCGGCCACAUGAGGAGGCGCCAUCUCGAACAGAAAGAGAUAAAAUGCGCGCACUGCCAGUACAUGUGCUACACGAAAUGGGAAUUGAAGGUUCACAUGACGAGGCACGGCGCCGAAAAGCUCUUCGAGUGUGGCCUCUGUAAGAAGUCUUACACCCGACAGAAGGCCCUGAAGGAACACGCGAAGGUUCAUUUUAACGAUAGGCGUUAUCCGUGCGACGUUUGCGGUCAAAGCUACACGCAGAACUGCGCAUUAAAGGAGCAUCUGAAGACUCAUCACCCGGAUUUUGAUGGAACGCAAUAAUUGGUACAGAGUAUGUUGCAAUUCUGCAAUGGUGUUUUAGUUGACAGUGACGUAAGUUACGUGUCAGAAUGUUUGUUUUGGCGGGAAAUUUGAAUAAGUUUUUGACGGAUUUUGAAAAUCCCGUCAAAACGAGGCAAGUGAAUGGCGUCUAUCUCGCUCGCUCGAUAGAAUCUUAACAGCGGUGACGUUAUAAACAAACAUUUAUUUCUUGUUACGAAUUGGAAAUUAAUCUAACUUACACGUUUCUGGUAAAAUAAUCUGUGGCGAAGAAAUACAGCCUUGCGGUAUUGAGGUUGUAUGGGCUUGGUUAGUGCUAGAUGUAUGUGAGCUUACAUGAACAUUGACGUCAAUAAGUACGAGUUAUGAUGAUCCCAAGUUUUGGUUUCGUUUACUGGGAUUUUGAGAUGAGAGGAUCUUGUCUGUCCGGCGUAUUAAUUUGUUUGGGCACCCCGGGCUUUUGGUUCGUGGAUGAAAACUUGUAACGUGCCAAAUGAAAAAAAAACCUUGUUCCUUUACACAUUAAAGUGAUUGAA